AUGCGAGACGGGUCCAGGCCCGGCCCGAGUGGUGGCUCUACGGGGCACGCGUACGACAAGGACUACGAAGGGUCAUCAUACUCCGAGGACGGCAGCUAUGAGGAACUGGCUUCUUUGAGGGCGCUCCUCCACUUCCCCGAGGAGGUUGCCCUCAGGCUGACUGACACAGAGUACAGGAUAUUCUACCAGGUGCCCCCGAUCGACUACUUGCGGCAGGUGACCCUCGACCUGGGCGGCGAGGGGGUGCUGGGCGCGAUCAGCGAGCGGCACAUGAUAAGGCGGGCGCCGCCCACGCACACUCCCCAACCGCGCAGCACAGUUCGCUCCCUUAUUAGACGCUUCAACGAGGUGUCCGCCUGGGUGACGGAGCUGGUGCUGGCCUCGCCGCCCGAAGAGCGGAAGGCGACCCUCGCGUGCGUGCUCAGGAUCGCGCUCACCUGCUGGAACAUCGGCAACUUCAACGGCGCCAUGGAAAUCGUCGCCGGGCUCAAGUCCCACAAGCUGAAGGCCUUCUGGUGCAGCAUCUCCGACGAGCCGCUGCCCUCGCUGGACUUCCUGUCAGCGGCACUGCUCUCGGCCGAGUACGAGAGGGCCCUGGGACGAGCCCUGGCGAUGCCCGAGUGCCGCCUGGUGCCUUUCUUCGGCGCCUUCCUGCGGGAGCUGAGGGAGAUCCUGGCGGCCACGCCAUCGCUGACCAGCUGCCACUCGACCACCUCCACCCCCACGCCGACCCACAGGAGGGAGCACAAACGCGACUCCUUUAAAGAGGAAAGUAGCAGAAGUUCCUUAAAGAGAGACGGCGGAAGAAGAGAUAGUGGCAAGAGAGUGGACCAGAGCACCACGACCAGCCCGCUGAGGGACAGCUGCAACAAAGACCCGAGAUUAAACGAAACCAAUAGACAAGUGUACAUAGCGUCUUUCGAGGAAGAGGGUGAGCAAGGGCCGGCGUGGAGGCGAGUGGGCCCCGAGGGCCUGGUCAACCUGGAGAAGGUGUACAGGACCCAGGCGGUGAUGGACCACAUAGCGAGCUUCCACCAGCACCGGUACACGCUGUCAAGGACCACGCAGCCGAUCUUCGGCGAAUACUUGAGAACAGCAAUCGCCUCGUGCGAGGACCCCGUGUUCGCGCAGCCCCCGCAGAGGGCGCCCGGGGGCGACUUCGAAAAUGAGGCUCUGUACGAGCUCGAGGGCGGUGGCUACUGCCCCGUGCAACCGCUGCCACACGACCACGGCGUCACCAUGUUCCCCCUGGCGCCGCAGAGCGGGGAGAGGAUGGACAGGCACGUGUUGCAGAUCAUGCACCACGGCACCGCGUGCGUGGUGGGCGAGGCGGAGUGGGGCGGCACCUUCGCCCAGCUGAGGCUGGAGAGGGCCUGCGCACUCCUGGCCUGGUGUAGAACAGUUCACCGGCCGCAAUCACAGCACGGGGAAACCCCGUCGGAGAGCGUGCAGCAGCCCGAAAUCAACCUGUCCUACAAUCCUGAAGAAGUGAUACCGAUCAAGUACACAGCGAGCCUGGCGCACGAGAACGAGGCGGGCGUGGUAGGAGACGAGGGAUUCAUCGACCUCCAGUGUGUCAAAGAUCUGCGUCUGGGCGGGAAGCUCCUAGACCAGAGGGAUCUCGCGGAGCUGGUCGCCUGCGCCAAGCGCCACGGGCUGGAGACAUGUGUCCACGGGGGCUCCCACGUCAUAUCCCUGGUCUACGGGAGGACCCUGAGCGACAACAGGACAGUGCAUUUCCUGCUGCCUCCGUACUCUUACAGGGUUUGGGCCGUUGGCCUCCACGCUGUCAUCAGGGCGCUGAUGACACAGACCAGGCUGGCUGACAGGAGCUUGGCCUGGCUGAAGAACAAGUAUACCGCGCUCUACUACGAGGACGGCUGCUGCUGCGAGCCGGUGGUCUCCGACGCGAUACGGGUUUUUGGUGGGAGGGAGUCGGCUGUAGGCGCUUCGUCCCACUCCACCCCUGUGCGUGGCGCCUACACGGAGCCCCAUUCGGACUCCCUGCGAAGCUCCGGGAUCAAGUUCAAGAAAAACAAAUCCACGUCGGAGCUGAAGAGCUCGCCGAAGAACUACGGCUCUGGAUACGGCACUUUCAGAGGAGAAGAUGACGCCAAUCAAGGAUCGCCAAGGCACAGCUCGUAUUCUGCGGCGACCGGUCCUCACCAGCACUACCCCCCGAGACACAGCAGCCUGACCGCGGCCGCCACCAGCAUCAUGGGCGGCUCGAACAGGAGUAGCUUGAGAAGACUGGAAACCAGCGAGCGGUUCUGGGAGAAUCUGAAGAACCUGCGAUCUGGCUCGGUCAGCUACGACACGCAGCUGGACUUCAUGGAUUUCGUAGCGCUGUUCCGGAGCUUCAGUUUAGUAAUGCGGCCGGAGCUGAGGGACGUGUUCGAGCAGCUCGCGGUCCCACGCCCACGCUGCCCACUGCUGGGCGCCGAGAAGAGCCGCAGCUCGCCCGAGCUGUUCCGCAGCAAGACCGCCUUCAGGACGGGUCUAUUGACGAGGAACGGAUCGCUGGACCUGGAACCGCCAGGCGACAAGGCGAACAGGAAGAAGGCGUUCGACGUUUUAGCGGCCGCAGCACUUCCAGGGUCGUGUCCCGACUCCGGCGCGAGGGUGCUCUCGCUGCCGACUCUGGGCAAGUUCUGCGAGACGAGGCAGAACGAGCCCAAGAGCGAGCAGCAGUUGAAGGACAUCAUCCAGAGACACGAACCGGACCCCACCCUGAGGGCGGAGAACUGCCUCUCCUUCGAGGGCUUCGUGCGCUUCCUCACGGACAAGGACAACUACGCCUUCGUGCCGGAACAGAGGCGGCAGCAGGCCAACAGCUUCGUUGGGAAACCCGCGCAAGAGGACGACGAGAAGACCACGGAGAUCAGCGAAAUGGAGGGUCCCCUCAGCCAGUACUACAUAGCAAGUAGUCACAACACGUACCUGACCGGCCACCAGCUCAAAGGGGAGUCGUCGGUGGAACUCUACAGCCAGGCAAGUUACCCCUAUGUAAUA